AUGUCUCUUCUCCGGCUUCUCGCAUGCGUGGUUUCGGCAAUCCUGCUUGCAAAUGCUUCGCCAACUCCCAGUGCAACUAGCUCGUCUCUCGGCGCUGAUCAGACCCCCUUCAUCAUCUCGCAGACCUCGACUUGCACCAACAGAACCUAUGUGUAUUGUUCAGGUCACGACCUGCCGGAUGACUGGAAGACCUCUCUCCCUGCCGCCGUGGGCGGACUUGACGCCUUCUGCCCUAUACACCAGGUUGAAUCCAACAUGUACUAUCGAACACGAUGGAAAAACAUACAGAUUUACUGGUGCAACUAUGUCAGCAAUUACGCGCCUUGCAGCUCCGCCGAGUAUUGGGCCGCCGAUGCGCUUUUCGACCAGAAGUGCGGGAUGGGGAAGGGCGCGUGGAUGCAGCGAGAAACCGAUGACCGUCGCUGGGCUAUCGGGAGGGACCCUACGGAGGAUGAUGGGGAUUUUAGACCCGAGUGUGGGAAGUGGUAA